AUGAAGAAGGCGUCACCUGUGACGAUGGAUCACGUGCUUCUGGCUUCACAGGAGACGAAGGAGGCGCGUGAGGUGCGGAUUCAGGGCCUCUUCGAUUUCUUCGACGGGGAGAAUCGCGGGUUCUUGGACUACAAGCACAUCGAGGCGGGUCUCUCGGCGCUUCAGAUUCCGCCGGAGUACAAGUACGCGAAGGAUUUGUUGAACGCUUGCGAUGCCAACAAGGAUGGGAGAGUGGAUUUCCAAGAGUUCAAGAGGUACAUGGACGACAAGGAGUUGGAGCUUUAUCGCAUUUUUCAGGCCAUCGAUGUUGCGCACAAUGGCUGCAUUUUGCCGGAGGAGCUUUGGGAGGCACUUGUAAAAGCAGGCAUUCGCUCUAGUCUUUCUACUGUAGGGAUUAAGAUUGAUGACGAUGAACUCGCCCGUUUUGUUGAUCAUGUUGAUAAGGAUAAUAAUGGUGUUAUAACAUUUGAAGAAUGGAGGGAUUUUCUGUUGCUUUACCCUCAUGAGGCAACCAUCGAGAACAUUUACCAUUAUUUGGAGCGCAUAUGUAUGGUUGAUAUUGGGGAACAGUCUGUUAUUCCGGCAGGAAUGAGUAAGCAAAUUCAUGCAAGUAGGUAUUUGAUUGCAGGAGGAGUAGCAGGUGCUACAUCACGCACAGCAACUGCACCACUUGAUCGUCUAAAGGUUGUAUUGCAAGUCCAAACAACACGGGCUCAUAUAAUGCCUGCGAUCAAAGCUAUAUGGAAAGAGGGCGGUUUGUUAGGAUUUUUUAGAGGGAAUGGCUUAAAUGUUUUUAAAGUUGCCCCUGAGAGUGCCAUUAGAUUUUAUAGCUAUGAGAUGUUGAAGACCUUCAUUGGGAGGGCCAGAGGGGAAGAUACAAAGGGUGAUAUUGGAGCUAUGGGCCGUCUACUAGCUGGUGGUAUAGCUGGUGCUAUAGCUCAAACUGCAAUAUAUCCCAUGGAUCUCGUUAAAACGCGACUACAAACCUAUUCUUGUGAAAGUAGAAGAAUUCCUAGUCUUGGGACCCUUUCAAAAGAUAUUUGGCUUCAGGAAGGACCCCGGGCAUUUUAUAGGGGAUUGAUUCCUUCUCUUCUUGGGAUUAUCCCUUAUGCUGGCAUAGAUCUUGCUGCUUAUGAAACCUUGAAGGAUAUGUCCAAGCAGUAUUUUGUUCACGAUGGAGAACCUGGCCCUCUGGUGCAAUUAGGAUGUGGGACUGUAUCUGGAGCUCUUGGAGCAACAUGCGUUUACCCACUACAGGUGGUUAGAACAAGAAUGCAGGCUCAACGCUCUUAUAAGGGAAUGGCUGAUGUGUUCAGGAAAACCUUGGAAAAUGAAGGCUUUAGGGGACUCUACAAAGGAAUAUUUCCAAACUUACUUAAGGUUGUACCGUCAGCAAGCAUCACCUACAUGGUUUAUGAGCAUAUGAAAAAAAGUUUGCAUUUGGAGUGA